CUGGUCAGCGUCUUAGAAUCUCAACCGGACCUGAGCACUUUACUCGGCGCUCUCGAGUUAAUCCCAGAUGUUACCGCAGCAGUCGCAGCAGCCUGUGACAUCACCAUCUUAGCCCCAACAAACGACGCAUUCGCCUGCAUUGCACCAGACUCGGACGUUGGAAAAGCUCUAGCCGCAGGAGAUACAGAAGCCAUCACUGCUCUGAUUUCUUACCACGUUCUCAACGGAACUUACAAAUCUACCGACUUUGCAGCAACGCCUACAUUUGUCCACACUCUCCUCACACCAUCAAUUUCCAUCGCAGGAGAGGCUGUGACCAAUGUGACAGGCGGUCAAAAUGUAGAAUUGAUUCUCAACGGGACUUCAGCUGAGAUUAUUUCCGGGGGUGGGGCUGUUUCCACAGUCACUGAAGCAGACAUCCAAGUCGGCCGUACAACAAUCCACAAAAUCGACCACGUCCUCACAAUCCCUUCCAAAGCAUCCGUCACGGCCCAAAACGCAGGUCUCACCUCAGCCGUCGAAGCCCUCACCAAAGCCUCCCUAGCCCCAACACUCGACACAGUAGCCGACCUCACAAUCUUCGUGCCCACCAACGAAGCAUUCAAAUCCGUACCUUCAGACAUCGAUCUCAAGACCUUGACAACAGUCCUCACAUACCACGCCGUGGCAGGAAGUGUAUUGUUCUCGACGAGUUUGUCGAAUACUUCGGUGACGACUUUGCAAGGAGGGGACAUCAUGGUGACGGUGAGUGACGCUGGGGUGAUGGUGAAUCGGGCGAAGGUUGUGAUUGCGGAUGUUUUGAUUGCGAAUGGGGUGGUGCAUGUUAUUGAUCGGGUGCUUGUGCCG